CGGUGGCCCUUCUCGGCGGCGGAGCGCACAGGGACGCGGCGGCGGCGGGCAGCCCGGGAGGGCAGCGCGCGGCAGGCAGGGCCAACUGGCCACCUCCCCGCGCCGGGGCGGCGCGGCGAUGGCCGGGGCGCGCCGGGCGGCGGCGGCGGGCGGGCGGCGGCGGGCGGAGGGGCACGGGGACGCGGCCGGGCGCCCCUGCCCGCCGCGGUGCCCGCCGCCUAAAGCUGCCCGGGGCGCGGGAGCCGGCGCCGGCGCGGCACGGGCGCCGGAGGCGACUGGAGGCGCGAUGUCGGUGCCGCUGUUGAAGAUCGGGGUUGUGCUGAGCACCAUGGCCAUGAUCACCAACUGGAUGUCCCAGACCCUGCCCUCGCUGGUGGGCCUCAACACCACCAAGCUCUCGGCGGCCAGCGGCGGGACGCUGGACCGCAGCACCGGCGUGCUGCCCACCAACCCUGAGGAGAGCUGGCAGGUGUACAGCUCUGCCCAGGACAGUGAGGGCAGGUGUAUCUGCACAGUGGUCGCCCCCCAGCAGACCAUGUGUUCACGGGAUGCCCGCACGAAACAGCUGAGGCAGCUACUGGAGAAGGUGCAAAACAUGUCUCAAUCCAUAGAGGUCUUGGACAGGCGAACUCAGAGAGACUUGCAGUAUGUCGAGAAGAUGGAGAACCAAAUGAAGGGACUGGAGUCCAAGUUCAAACAGGUGGAGGAGAGUCAUAAGCAACACCUGGCCAGGCAGUUUAAGGCAAUAAAAGCGAAAAUGGAUGAACUUAGGCCUUUGAUACCUGUGUUGGAAGAGUACAAGGCCGAUGCCAAAUUGGUAUUGCAGUUUAAGGAGGAGGCCCAGAAUCUGACGUCAGUGCUUAACGAGCUGCAAGAGGAAAUUGGCGCCUAUGACUACGAUGAACUUCAGAGCAGAGUGUCCAAUCUUGAAGAAAGGCUCCGUGCAUGCAUGCAAAAACUAGCCUGCGGCAAGUUGACAGGUAUAAGUGAUCCGGUGACUGUCAAGACCUCAGGCUCAAGGUUCGGGUCCUGGAUGACAGACCCACUGGCUCCAGAAGGUGAUAACAGGGUCUGGUACAUGGAUGGUUAUCACAACAACCGCUUUGUCCGAGAGUACAAGUCUAUGGCGGACUUCAUGAACACAGACAACUUCACCUCCCACCGCCUCCCACACCCCUGGUCGGGGACAGGGCAGGUGGUCUACAAUGGCUCCAUCUACUUCAACAAGUUCCAGAGCCACAUCAUCAUCAGGUUCGACCUGAAAACCGAGACAAUCCUUAAGACACGCAGCCUGGACUACGCCGGUUACAACAAUAUGUACCAUUACGCCUGGGGCGGCCACUCGGACAUCGACCUCAUGGUGGAUGAGAACGGGCUCUGGGCCGUCUACGCCACCAACCAGAAUGCCGGCAACAUCGUCAUCAGCAAGCUGGACCCUGUCUCGCUGCAGAUCCUGCAGACCUGGAACACCAGCUACCCCAAGCGCAGUGCUGGCGAGGCCUUCAUCAUCUGUGGGACCCUGUAUGUCACCAACGGCUACUCAGGGGGCACCAAGGUCCACUACGCCUACCAGACCAAUGCCUCCACCUACGAGUACAUCGACAUUCCCUUCCAGAACAAAUACUCCCACAUCUCUAUGCUGGAUUACAACCCCAAGGACCGUGCGCUGUAUGCCUGGAACAACGGCCAUCAAACCCUCUACAAUGUCACCCUCUUCCACGUCAUCCGCUCUGACGAGUUGUAGCUCCCUCUACCUGGCCCAGGGUCCAAGUCCUCCCCUCUGAGGACCCUCCCGUGGAACAGCUGCCAAAAUGAUACUAAGAAUACUAACAGUACUAUUUUUGAGAAAUCAGCAGCAGCGAUUCUGACAUCACGGGAUGGUAUUCUCUCCGUGUUCCUCCCACUCCAGCCAGCAGGCUCCAGAUUUGGGAAGAAACCCCUGUAUUUGCAGCUGGAACUGCAGCCCCAGGCCCCCUGGCUCUCCCCACCCCUGUCCCCCUCUGGUCAAAUACCAUACUAAAGAAGCAAGGCAAUGACUGUUGGCCACUCUCACCUGAGAACAACCCAUGGUUAGGAUCGCAUGGACAUUUCCGUAAGAUCGUGGGCAGUGCUGAUAGAUAUGAUGGUCAGAUCCCCUGAGUGUCCUCUCCCGGGCGGCGCUCCGUGUAGGCUGGUUUAACCCACGCGCCAUCACAGCUGCCGUUCUUGACUGGGUUGUUGUCUCUUAGAUUUAACUGUGCUGAAACUCUUGGUAGUGUCUAGUGUCCCCUGAAGGGACGGUGGGUGUGUGUAGAGUGCAUUUGCUGUACCCACAUCGUUUGAACUUGCGUACCCUGUAGCUAUAUCGUGCAAUGUCUGUCUGUUAUUCCUUGAGGUGGUAACUCCGUGUGUUCAGUUUAUGCAAUGAAUGUUGUAAUGCAAUGCUGUAGUUUGGAUUGAUAAGUGGAUGGUUUUUGUUUCUAAAAAGAAAAAAAAAAAUCAGUGUUCACCCUUCUAGAGACAUAGUCAAGUUCAUGUUGAUAAUAAUCAAGGCAUUCUUUUCUUGUUAAAUUACCUGAAUCAUGUUAACUGCGAAUGGGAAGGGCUUGUCUUGGGAAACUUCAGUUUCCGAUGGAAGGAAGUCCAGGCGGGCAGCAGAGUGUGGAAAGGUCAUUUUUUAAGUUAAAAAAAAAAGUGGGAAACUUUGUACUAUCUCGUUAUCUAAGGAACAAUAAAAGUAAUAGGA